CCCGCAUCCCAGUCGUCUCCCGUUGAAGCCCCUUAGAAUGUUAUCCCUUCUAUGCGCCGUUCGCCGCCUCGUACGAGAGCCACGAGCGGUCUCGAGGUUAUUGCCAACUCUCGCUUGGUCGAAGAGGAGACCUUAGACUGGGAGUGGUACAGUCCUGACGAAUUCAUCCAGGAGCACCGGCGUGCAGCUCUCAAGAUUGGCGCUUUCCAUGCGCUUUCAGGCGAACUGUCGGUCUCGAAAUAUCUGAAAACAAUCAGAAGAGGCCAUGUAGGCUCCUCUCUCGUUCGCCAGACGCUAGAUGAGUUCGAAGUCACUCGCCAGGCCCGGAAGUAUGAAGCUAUCGUCUACUCGCCAUUGGCGAUUACCUUACGUGGAUUUCGAAAGAUAUUCCGUGAUCAAGCUCUUCCAAUUGAGCUUCUGAGGUUGGUUGUCAGACACGUCUUCGUCGCGCUCGACUUCCUGCAUACUGAGGCUCGCGCGAUACACACCGGUGGGCUACAUUCUGACAUACAGGAGAAGAACAUCCUGCUCGGCUUGGACGACAACACAGCCGAGGCUGAUUUGGACAAGUUUGCGCAGCAAGAGUUCGAGUCCUCUAGUCCACGGAAGAUAAACGGUGACCGCGUCAUCUACACGUCCCAUGCCACUCUACUCUGCGACCUCGGCGACGCGCGCUUUGGAGAGUACGAUCCGGCGGCCGAUAUCCAGCCCUAUCAGUGUCGCGCCCCUGAAAUGAUCCUCGACAUGCCUUGGGAUCACAAAGCGGACAGCUUGAACGUCGGAGUCUUGCGCUCGCUCACUGCCAGUGUGCCCCAAAUCUGGGAUUUGUUCGAGAACGACAAUCUGUUCGAGCCAACGGGUGGGUCUCAGAAUAAACAGAACAAUAUAUACCCCCUCGCCCAUAUGAUCGCGCUGCUUGGCCCCCACCGAAUGACUCCCUCGAGCGGACUCAGGCGGAUCCUCAACAGUCACGCAGGCAACUGGAAGGGCGAUGCGGACAUCCCGGACGCGAGUCUUGGGCAUGCCGAGGAGGAUUGGGCAGGGGAGGAUAAGGUGCUGUUCCUCCGCUUUGUUAGGAAGAUGCUGAAGUGGAAGCUCGAGGAGAGGGCAAGUGCGAAAGAACUGCUGGAUGAUCCGUGGCUUAAUGCAGAACAACGUACGUAG